AUGAGAACUUCUGGUAUUAACUCUCUUGAUUCCGCAUUUCUUCUGGAUGGAGAGCUACCCGUUGAGUCUGACAAUUAUGACUCGACUACUUGGUUAGACUUUCUUGAUAUUCCUGUAGAGAGUUCAGUUGGAAGCUUUCCGAGUUUGCAACAAGCCAAUGAGAAUUCAAGAAUGAUAGAGAAGAUGGGAAUAGAGAUUCCUCAUGACAAAGAUACUGGGAAUCCUGCACCUGCUGAAAUAUUUGAAGUGCCUCGAAUGUCACUGAUCCCUGUCAUUGACUUGGAUUGCAAAAAAACCCAUCGUUCUUCGUUUGGACGGAAGGACAAUAGUGCCGCUUAUUUUGACUAUGGAGUUCCUCAGGCUGAAACUUCAUACAGACAAAGAAUGAGAUGGACACCUGAACUCCAUGACCUCUUUUUGGAAGCAGUUAAAACUCUCGGUGGCCUUGAAAAUGCAACUCCAAAGAAGAUACUGGGAAUUAUGAAUGUUGUGGGCUUAAACAUAGACCAAGUGAAAAGCCACUUGCAGGUAUAG